AAGUGAUAAGGUAAAGUAGGCAUUAGGGAUGUAAUGGUGUAUCGUGACACGAUACAUUGCGGUUCAAAAAUGUGACAAUAUGCAUCAUGGAGAUUGUACUUUCUUUUCUUUUUUUUUACAAGCAUCUGUAUCCAAUACAAGUGAUGUCCUACACCUAUGUAACACGGGCAUACAAGUGGAAAUCUCUUCAAUGCACACAAGGAGCUCUAAAAUGCGAUUACUAGCUGAAUCUGCGAGAACUGAAAGUGAAACCAUUUAAGUGAAUGUAUUAAAGUGAGUGGGAGAGAGAAGCGCCUUUUUUUCGAGAGGAAUCUGAUGUCCGUCUGAUGUGCGAGAUCGAGUAAUCUGCUCUGACUGUGCAAGAGAAAAUUUUAGUUUACAGAGGUUUAAUGAUAGUGCCUUAUUACUCUACUGUAUAUAAUGCUGAAUACGUAUAAUAAUGCUAUGCUAUGUCAAAUGUCGUGUCUGAUUUGAUUUCAUCAGUACAUUUUAGUAGGGUUUUAGGUAGGGACAAUAUUUAACUGGAUAAGCAUGCACUUCCAUUAAAUAUUCCAUUACAUGUUAGAAAAUAAUAUUUAGAUGUAAUCAGACACAAUAUUAUUUUAGAAAAAUACAGCUUUAAUUUAAAAUAUUUUAAAUGUAUGUAAUCAGUGAUAAUGUGUAGGCAGCAUAGGUAUCUAACAUUAUUUCAUAUUUUCAGUUAAUAUUUCCAUUUUGUGUCACCAUUGCCCUGUUCUAGGCUGAUUUUUAAUUCCCAGUACAUCUCUGAUGGAUCAUAUAGCACUUUGAAGAACAGUGCAAAAUUGUAUAUGUUUUGCAUAUGCCUUUAAAGUAAUAAUAAUAAUAAUAAUAAAACUUUCAAUCUUAACUUUUCUUGAUUCAGGCUUAGUUUAAAGAAUCGUAAACUGAACUUAAUAGUGAGAUGAGUGAACCUUUACACCCUUAGUAGGCGUUGAUGUGUUGUUGUGGAGGCAGUCAGAUGCAAAUGUAUACCACAAUGUGACAUCACUAUGUGAAGGAAGUAGAGAACGAGUCAGUCUGCAGUUUUGUCAGCUUGGUUUCAGCAAUUGCUCUUCACACUGAAGUUUUGAGUUCUGAAACUUACAGUAUGUUUUUAAAGUACAAUAACCUCUUAUAUGUCAAAAAAUCAAGGAAAAUUGUAUUCCUCAUGUCAUGACCCCUUUAAAAUAGAGAACUACUAGGAUUUAUGGGCAAAUGCCAUAUUAGUUUACAGCACAGAUUUUCUAACAUUCUGACUUGUAAAAACAAAAGAAGAUUACAGAAACUGCUCCAAAGCUUCCAGUAAUUAAAUCAACAUAUAACAUAGAGUGAUGAACAGUGAUUAAUGGAGCUAGAAAGAGUUAAACAUGUUAACAAUAUAAAGGUGUCAGGGGGUUUUCAAUGAAUGUAUUCUCACAGUCACUGAACUUGACACAGGCAUGGUCUUCCUUUUACCCACAGGACACACAAUCUUGUUUCAUACUGCUUGUAUAAAUGUACUAAAAAAGGCAUGAAAUGAAUUAUUAAACAUAUUCAUUUAUUAAAGAGUACAACAUCAGUGCAUAUAUAUUCUCUGGAUAAAGCUGGGCUAAAUGAGUAAACACUGUUAAGUGUACUCCUGUCCUGACAUGGGUCAGACCCUCAGCACUUCUCAGAUUUUAGAUAUACACAUCACUUGUAAAAAAUAAUAAAUGAUUAACUAUUGAAUAAUAGUAUAAUAAAUUAUAUAACAUAAAUGUAGAAAUUUUGUAAAAAUUAAUAUGUUCUAAACAAUACAGGUUGGUAAAAGGUAAAGCAACUAUAUUUUAUUUGGCAUUAAACUCAUUUUAUACUGAGCAAAUGUAAACAUUCAAGUAAUUCAAACCAUCUGUUUAAAACAAACAAUUUCAGAAAUAUUUUUGAGUAAAACAGCAAUUACUGUGCAUUGGCUUUGCUCUUUUCCUCUUUCCAGCAUCUCCAUCAAGAGCUUGUUGUGGUCAUUGUGCAACAUGCCUUUCCACAUCUUCAUCUGGUGAAUUCUUCGUGGGAGUUUUUCUCUCCUGUACCUGUAAAGAGUAAAUAAUAUAGUUCAAGAAGUUAUGAAUUAAAGCAACAGUCGAACUGAACGCAAACUUAAUGAAGUAAAAAGUAUUCAAAUGUAGGUCGUUUAACAGACUAUUCACAGUGCAAGGUCCAAUGAUAGAACAAUAUGUGGCUGUAUCCAGCAUGAUUUAUAUGAAACCUCAAACAGAGCUAAUAGAUACACUUAUUUUUCACCUGAUCAGCACGGUUCAGAAACAAAAAUAGUGAAACAAUAAAACAAGGCUUGUUUAAGUGGCAAAAAUACACAUUCAGCAUAUAGCCAAGUAAACCAGCCUUACAGUAGCUGUUGUCUCAUAUACUACAUGAACAUGUACCGUAUACUGUAUGUAUAGUGCAUUAACUUACAGAGUAUAAAAAUCUUAAAAAUCUGUACUUUCUAGUUCUGUCAAAGGAGACUAAGAAGAAUGAAGUUCAGUCUUAUUACUUCACAGAUUUCACAGAUGUCUGAAGAUUAAUGUCUGCCAUUCCUUCAGGGUCUUCAGUGAUGAUUUCUUGAUAAUUGAGUAUAAAAACAGGCACACAGCAUCAGUCAUGAGCUUAUUGCCUUUAUCAGUUUGUAGCAUGUUAAGAUAAAUAAUAACAGUAGGCUAAUUCAUGUGUCUCUACAUGUAGGGUAUCUUUACUGGGUUAAGGCGGCUUUGUCACCUCCAAAAUUCUGUUUACAGAUGCACCACCACACCCCCUUGAAACAAGCCCACUCUAAGCCACUCUUAAACUUCACUGCCAUUGUCAUGACGAGCAGUACUCCAUUGGCACACAGAGGGUGGCCAAUCCCUAUGGCCAGUCCUCCCCUGUGUCAGAAACAGUUACUCAAUGAGACAUUUUGUCUGUCAGGUGUGAAGGCUCAUGUGGACAUUCUGAGACUGGUGGCCACUCUGUUGGUGCUGCAGCUGAUUCGGGUGAAGAAGCUGGCAGAGGGAGAGCUGCUCCUGUCUCUGUUCAAGUUGAAAGAGUCUCAGGAGCCUACGCCAGUGCACAGGGAGGCAGUGAAGAGGGCAGUAGACUGGGCCUGCUGGGCAGACAGACAGUAUCCAUGUGUGUGCAGCAGGCUGGAGCUUGGCUGGGAUUGGGAAUCAUCCACACGGCAGUUACUGGGCUUUGACUCACCACUCCCAUUCUCCCCACUUAUUCCGGUUCUGGAGAGGCAUUCAGUCAUUCAGUCAUGCAGAACCUGGGCACUGGGAGAGCAAGUUUAUAGUUAAUAUGUGAGCAUACAUACCAUUAGAUUAUUUUCUGCUGAUAUAACGCUCAUGAUUAUGUUAUUCUUAGUAUUUUUACAUGUUUAACAUGUACAGUCGGAUUAUUGAUGCAUAAAUAAGAACAUUACAGAUCAGUCUUUUCCAAAUCUAGCCAAUUGAUUUUAUUAUGCUCCAGCAAAGUUUAUAAGGUGCAGAUUACUGUGAUGGCAUUUACGCCAGCUAAUGUAUUUUUUUCUGGCGUGCAGAAAGCCUUUAAGUGUAAAUGGAUAUAGUUCACCCAAAAAUAAAAAUUCUGUCAUCAUUAUCACCCUCAUGUUGUUCCAAACCUGUAUGACUUUUUUUUCACAAAGGUAGAUGUUAGCCAAUGUUAAAAUGUUAAUCUCAGUCAAGAUUAAAUAUAAUUGCAUUUUUUUCCAUACAAUGAAAUUGAAUGAUGAUUUAGGCUAUCAUUCAACACCUUUUAGGAGGUGCACGCCCUCAGCUGUCACAGAAAUGCAAACAGAUGACAUAUUAGCAUAAUUCAUGUUUAUAAUGUAGUGUAUUGUUUUAGAUUUGUACCCCAAGUAAUGUGCUUAAUAACUAAGUAACUAAUCUGAUUACAGUCAUUUAAAAUGUAAAUGUGUUACACUAUUUUUUGCAUAAAAAGUAAUUAGAUUUUACUAAAUACUAGUGUGUGUGUGUGUGUGUGUGUGUGUGUGUGUCUUUGUGGUUUUUGUGGUGUGUAAAUGAUUUUAUAACUGCUGGGUCAAAAAUGACCCUAAGACUAUCUUUGUACCCUGGUGGUGUACAGCUUUCAUGGAAAUAUGAACAAAGGCAAUGUUUCACAUUUUCUAAUGUUGUCACUCUAGGAAAAGUCAUCAAAUUUCAAGUUGAAAAAAAAAUCAUUUAGCUGGUUUUCUCUGCUGGUAAACAUAGUGCCAGUCAUUUUUGACCCUUAAGACAACACAAGGGUUAAAGCUACUCUGUUUUAAUGAGUUUCCAAAUUAUUUGACUGUGGUUUUACUUAUGCACUAGUAAUAGCAACUGUAGUAAUUGUAUUUUGGUAAAAUCUAUUGAAGCUUUGGUUACCAUGGUCAAUUUCAGUUUCGACCACUGGAUGGAGCUUAACCAAUGUUUUUACAGCAAGAAGGAACUGCAUGUGUAGCUGUACAAGGACAUGGCUGCAGCCUGCAGAACAAGGCAGGGUUACAUCUAUAAUAGGAGAUUACAUUAUAGCAAUUGUGUUUUGUAAUUGGUGUAUUAUUAUCACAGUAUUAACGCUGUUUGAGAGCAGUGCUGGUUAGAUUACUUCUGAAUUGUAAUCCAGUGCUGAUUACAAAUUACAUAACAACAAUUGUAGUCAGUAACAUGUUUUCUUUGUUUAUUUGAUGUCACAUGCAUUUGAGCAGGAUAAGAUGGUACCAUUUUGACAUAAUGUUGCUUAGGUGCAUUAAAGAAAAC